AUUGAAAACUUCCAAGAACUCAUAGGAUAUGAGGUAACUUACGUAAUGGAGGCAGAGAAUAUUUUAUACAAUAAUUAUCCUUGUUUAGCAUAUCUGGAUUACAACAUAAUACAUACGCCUAGUUCAUACCAGAUAUCGCUUUAUCAAAAGGAGCAACAGUCGUUACGAAUGCUGCAUUAUACUUCUCACAUAACCAAUCAAGUGAAGAGAACAACUUUAUUGUAUUAUUUACGCCGCGUGAUAUAUAGAACCAGUCUGGAAUAUUUAGAAAAAGAUUUAGUUGAUUGUAUUUCAAUGAUAUUAAUCAAUGAGUAUCCAUUCACCAUGGUUCAAAAUGUAAUUCAACAUAUUACAUUAACUUAUAUGCAUCAAAAAUCAACAUAUAUUCAAAUGCCUACAACCGCACGUCUAAUGAUUUUGAAGAAAUAUAUUCAACCUUCAUCGUAUCCAGGUUUACAUGACGUUCAUCCACGACCUCGCCGUUAUCGGAGGAGCAUAGUAAUCAGCUGUAAUGAAAUUUCCCAAGUACUCAC